UCAAGGCAGACACACAGAAAACAGACUGAUGAUGUAAAUGUGUCAGCCAAAGUGAAGUAUGAUGUGCUGAUGCAUCACAGAAAUCCUGUGAUGGAUGUUUACAGUAAAGAUAGAGACCAUAUACAGAGAAAGAGUUUCUAGGGAGUGGGUAGAAAAAUGAAGUAAAAUGAAGGCGUAAUAAUUAGUAUGUUUGUGUCACUCAGUACGCAAAAUGGGGCGCCUUGUGCAUGAGACAAUACUUUGUGAAGGGAAGCCUAGGGCCACAAAAGGCUAAAAAGAAGGAGACUUUGUCAGCCCAACAACAAAAACAUAAUUUUGCAAACAAUUUUUUUGAGUAAGAAAAGAUGGGCAAAACUUGGAAAAGGUUUGUGACAGAGAAGUCAGUGAAAGGACAUCAUAGCUUUGGUAGGACAGGUAGGAGGUCAUGGGCUGGCAGUGCUGAUGAUAUGAGGGCCGUAGGUGGGAUUGGAGGUACAGGGGAAGCUUAACUGCAUGGCAGUCUGGAAUUAGAUGUCAGUGGGCAACUAAACCCAUUGUAAAGACACUAAUGAAAUAGCAGACAUACUGCUGAAGAACCUAAAGUAUUGAAAACAAGGCUUCCCUUCAUGUCUGCUAAUCUGCUGGUCAGUGUUUCAAAGUGUAUACGUUCUUAUGAUUAUGUAGCAUUCAAUUACUUCUCAAUUUCCUGAAGGGGUUGUUACCACCAAGGAUACAUUGAAAUGCAUUGAACUGAACUCUGUUGAUAAAUAUUGAGUUAUUAAGUAAGACAAUUAACUUCUUGGAUACACCACUACAAGGCAUUACUCAGAAAUUCUACUUUUUAAAAAUAAAUAAUUAAACAAAGAAAUGAAUUCAACACUUUCAUAUACUGUAGAUCUUUCUAGACUUCCAGACCCAAUAGAGAAAAGUAUGAUCCAGGGGGUCAUUUUAGUCUAAACCUCAGCCACCUUACAGUAAAUCCCGCAUUAACAUAAUUAACCCAGUCAUCCAUGGUAGGAGUGUGUUUCCCCCUGCCCGCCUGAUCUUACUCUUAUUCCUGGUCUUACUGCUGAGACACACACUCAGUUCUCCAGCCAUCAUCUGCCCACACAACACACAGGGUGUCUUUGGCCUUUAUACAUCAACAGGAGAGGUCAAGCCAGUGAACAAAUAUUUUUGAACAGGAGAAGAUAAACUCAGGUGGCAAAUAUUUGUCAGUGAGUAUUGUCAAAACUGACACAUUACUAAGACACAGAGUAUCUACCAUGGGAAAUUCAACCAGUAGCGCAAUAUCAAAGGAGAUCCUGCAGGACCUGAAGCUCAACACCGCAUUCACUGAAAAUGAGAUCGCUCAGUGGUACGAGAACUUUCAGAAGCAGUGCCCAACGGGACGCAUAACACCAGAAGAGUUUGAGCAGAUCUAUGCCCGCUUCUUCCCUGACAGCGAUGCCAAGAGCUACGCACGACAUGUGUUUCGCUCCUUUGACACCAACGAUGAUGGCACUUUGGACUUCAAGGAGUACAUCAUCGCACUGCACAUGACCUCCACUGGGAAGACGACCCGGAAACUGGAGUGGGCCUUCUCGCUGUUUGACGUGGACAAGAACGGAUACAUCAACAAGACAGAAGUGACGGAGAUCUGCCAGGCCAUAUUUAAGCUGAUCCCCAAGGAGGAGCAGAGCAAGUUACCAGAGGAUGAGAACACACCCGAGAAGAGAGCCAACAAGCUGUGGUCUUACUUCGAAAAGAAAGACAGCGAGCGACUGGCUGAAGGAGAGUUCAUCAAAGGAGUGAUUGAAAAUGAGAAUGCAAUGCGUCUUAUCCACUAUGAACCAAUUAAAGAAUAAAGUCAUUCCUACUCUCAUUAGACUCUCUUAAACUUUUAUUUUUUCUCAGCCUCACAUGCUUCCUGCUCUUUCAUCCACUCAACCCCUCCGUGUAAAUACUCUUCUCUACAGUGUCUUGGUUGCAAUUAACCUUUCAGUAAGUUUUCGUUUAUGUCAUAUUGGUUUACUAUCAUCUUUGUCUAUUAAUUUAUGUGAAAUAGAGGCUAAAAGAGGUAAAUUAUGGAAUAGUGUUUAAAAUGUAUACAGCUAAAAAUGAGAUUUCUGGUGACUAUUAUUGAUGCGAUACAUAUAUACAUUCAGAAUGUGUAUUAUAAAUGUGUCUUACUGUUAACCUUUUAAAUGGUUCAAAAAUGUUUUGACUGGAGAAAUUAAUGGUAAUGACAAAUCUAAGUAUCAUACCCAAUUGUUAGCUCACUUAAGUUUUUUUUACAUAACUGGAAAUGUGGUAGCUCUGAAGUGUUAUACUCUAUUCACUGUACAAUCAAUUAAAUAUUUUCUCAGAAAUCUGUGCUUUGAAAAUCUAUUUAUUUGUCUUUCCCAAAAAAUAAUAAACUCAUCUAUGACCUAGAAACAUACUAUGUUUAUAAUGCUAGUAAAAAUGAUGCUUUGUGUUUUAGGUUUUCAAUUAUAUGUUGUUCAAUUAUUAUGUCUCGGACAGUAAAUCCAAGAGUAUCCCACAUGUAAAACCUACAAACAUUUAAUGUACAUUUUUGUACGUUUAUUUAAAAAA